CUGGCAACUUUAGAUAGGCAACUUAUUAAUCAUAAAAAUAGAACACAAUAAUAUUUAUGAUCUGCCGCACACAGGUGAUUAUUUAGUUGCGGCAACUAAAAAAUUCCAACCUGUUGGAUUCUUUGAGAGACGAAACAGUUGCUGAUAAAAUAGAACAAGCUUGUUUUAAACGGGAUCGCGCUCACUGGUGAUUUGCUUUGAAAUAAGUUGCUUUGUAGUUAAUAUUUGUCGAUAAGCCGGCAAAUUACAACAAAAAUGGCUGCUAUAGAUGUUGAAUUGUUUAUUACUGAAGUCGAAAAACGACCAGCAUUGUACAAUACGAAACAAAAAGAAUAUUCAGAUAAAAAUCUAAAGAAAAAAUUAUGGACUGAAUUAUGUGAAAAAUUCAUUGAGAAUUGGAAUGAACUUGGGGAUAAGGAAAAGAAUGAAAAAGGUAACGAGUUACAAAAAAGAUGGAAAAAUCUUAGGACAUGUUUUAAAAGAGAGUACGACGCUCAAAAGAAUAUUGCCUCUGGUUCUGGGGCUAAAAAGAGAAGGAAAUAUCUUUACUUUGAGCAGCUUUUAUUUCUGCGGGAUUCUAUAGAAAGCAGAAUUAGUUACAACAGUCUCGAACAAGGUACUGAUGAUGUGGAAGAUAACACAGAAACCAGAUAGGAAGAAUCAGAAGCUAGCGAAGCUACGCAACUUCGUACUGGUGCCAAGACUGACCAUUCUAGAAAGAAAAUUUACC